AUGUCCCUGGAAAGAGAAGAACCCAGCCAUUUUGGUGCCGGACCGGCUCAAUUGCCUACCAAUGUUUUGCAGCAAGCUGCUAAAGAUUUGGUGAAUUAUCAAGGCAUCGGUCUUGGAAUUGGUGAGAUUUCACACCGUUCAGGCGAUGCCACUGAGGUCAUUGAAAGCGCCAAGGCAAAUCUGCGUAAUUUGAUGAACAUUCCUGACACUCAUGAAGUUUUCUUUAUGCAGGGCGGUGGAACAACUGGAUUUUCAUCGCUAGCCACCAACCUUACCGCUGCUCAUGUCGGUAAAACGGGCUCCAAAGGUACUGCAGGGUAUCUGAUCACCGGAUCCUGGUCUGCUAAAUCUUUGGAAGAGGCUCAAAGACUAGGAAUCGAUUCAGAAGCUAUUUUCAACGCAAAGGACUUCAACAACGGGAAAUUUGGUUCCAUUCCCGCAGAAUCCGAGUGGGCUGCCAAAUUGAAGUCCAAAGACUAUUCUUACAUAUACCUCUGUGAAAAUGAGACUGUUCACGGCGUUGAGUGGCCACAACUACCAAGAGCGUUGAUAGAUUCCGAUGUGGAAAUUGUAGCGGACUUGUCAAGCGACAUUCUAUCACGCGAAAUCGACGUUUCCCAAUAUGGUGUAAUCAUGGCUGGUGCUCAGAAAAACAUUGGUCUUGCUGGUCUCACCAUUUACAUUAUUAAAAAAUCGAUUCUCGAGAACAUCUCCUCCGCUUCUCUUGACAAACUACGCCAGCUCGGAGUUCCAAUUACCCCUAUCGCCUUCGAGUAUCCCACGGUCGUGAAGAAUAACUCUGCUUACAACACUAUUCCUAUUUUCACACUUCAUAUUAUUGACUUGGUUCUGCGCCAGAUUAUCGCAAAAGGAGGUGUAGCUGCCCAGCAAAAGGAAAAUGAACUCAAAGCUGAGUUAUUAUACACUGCUCUAGACAAGUAUUCUGACUUCUAUGCUGUUCCUGUGGCCGAAGAAUGCAGAUCCAAAAUGAACGUUGUGUUCACCUUGAAAAAAGAAGGACUUGACAAAAAGUUUCUAGACGAAGCUGCCGCUCUUAAGCUUACCGGGUUGAAGGGUCACAGAUCUGUAGGUGGUUUCAGAGCAUCCAUUUACAACGCGGUUUCAGUGGAAAGUACCAAAACCCUUGCACAGUUUAUUGAAGACUUUGCCUCCAAGAAUGCCUAA